AUGGGCAUCCGCGAAUUCUUCAACGGGCGGUUCUUCGAUACUAGAUACAGAACCAAGGUCCACAUCCUCCAGCUCGUCCUCAUGACUGUAGCAAUCAUCCUUACCAUUGCGCGAAUGUCCAUGCCGGUCCCGACAACUCGCGCAAACAUGAUGGCGUUGACCAUGGGCCUCAAAUCGCUCAUCAUCAUCGGCUACCAACUCCUUACCACCCACAAGGAGCGCUUCAAGAAAUGGGCCUCGCUGAAAGCGAACGCCAUCCUAAACACCGUCGAGAUCGUCUUCUGGUUCGUCGCAUUUGGUCUGCUGUGCUCGGCCAAUGGCAGCUUCUGCACGGGUGCCAGCUGUGCGCUGAGCUGGGUCGUGACGCUCAUUGUCAUGGUUCUGAUUGUGCUUGCAUUUCAAACCUCCGUCGUCUCCAUCAAAGACUACCGCUACUUCAAGAACUACGGCGUUAAUCCCGAGAUAGAAGCCCGAGCAGUCUACCCGAAACCUCAAGUUUGA